ACAGAGAGAGGCUGAGAGAGGGAAAACAGGCACAGAGAGAAAGAGAGAGAAAGAGAGAGAGAGAGACAGGCAUCUCCAUUGAAACAUUUUGGAAUAAAAGGGGGAGACAGAGGAAGAAGCUGAAUGGUAGCUAACCCUGUGCCUGGAAGCGUAGAGACACUGUAACAAAGGCUGGCAAUUAUUUUUGGCAAUAACAAAGAGGUGGGAGAGGGGCUCUGAAACCGAGGGAAAUAGCAAAGAGAUAAAAAAAAAAAGAGCCAGUUUUCAGGGGGACUUCUGCUUCAUUUCAUCCGAAAGACUCAUCCCUGUGCCAUCAUCAGCAUGACCAUAAGCUAUAAGUAACAACCGGCAAUAACGAGAUUUUUUUUUCUAAGCAACAGUCGCGCGCAAUCCUAUUUUGAUUUAUUCUAAUCGUUUCUGGGAAAAUAUAUAUCAUCUGAAUGCCUGCGAGAAACUGGAUACUCUGUGAAAUCUAAAGACAAAUAGCGAUCUAACAAAGAAAAACUACAUUUUGAUUGAUCUGUAAGCUUGAUGUGCGUGUCUCUGCACGCGCUCCAAACGAACCUGAACCAAAAGCAAACUCCUCAGACUCCUCCCUCCUCCUCCCUUCGGUUUCUCUCAUCCUCUCCCUCCCCCCUCGGUCCUCUAUGCUCAGUUCGGUGUGUGUAUCCUCUUUCAAAGGGCGCAAGGGUGGGAACAAGUCGUCCAACAAAGCAUGUUACAGCGCAGACAUGACUUGUCCGUCGGAAAGCGAGAAAAUCGUGAUAAACUGCGGGGGGGUGCGGCAUGAGACCUACCGAAGCACCCUCAAAACGCUGCCAGGUACCCGCUUAUCGUGGCUCACUGAGCCGGACGCCUUCAGCAACUUCGACUACGACCCCAAAUUAGAUGAGUUCUUCUUCGACCGCCACCCGUCAGUCUUCUCCUUCAUCCUCAACUAUUACCGCACCGGGAAGUUGCACUGUCCCAACGAUGUGUGCGGCCCCCUGUUCGAGGAGGAGCUGGCCUUCUGGGGCAUCGACGAGACGGACGUGGAGGCGUGUUGCUGGAUGAAUUACCGGCAGCACAGGGAUGCGGAGGAGGCGCUGGAUAGCUUCGAGAAUCCAGAGCCGGACGCGCCGGACGACGAACCGGCGCUUGGGGGUGCGGACGGUGACUUGAAAAGACUGUGCAUGCAGGAAGAUGCAAGGAAAGCAGGCUGGUGGAAAACCUGGCAGCCCAAAAUCUGGGCACUGUUUGAAGACCCCUAUUCGUCCAAAUAUGCCCGGUAUGUGGCAUUUGGCUCCCUCUUCUUCAUCCUCAUCUCCAUCUCCACUUUCUGCAUGGAGACACAUGAGGCCUUCAACACCAUCAUCAACAAGACAGAGACAGUCUUAAUAGGCAACGUUACACAUGACGAGAUCGUAUACGAAGUGGUGACCGACAGCUGGUUGACAUACGUGGAGGGAGUGUGCGUCAUCUGGUUCACCAUUGAGGUCUUGCUCCGAGUCACCUUCUGCCCGGACAAGUUGGAGUUCUUCAAAAGCACCCUCAACAUCAUUGACUUCGUGGCCAUCCUGCCCUUCUACCUGGAGGUGGGCCUGAGCGGUCUGUCCUCCAAAGCUGCCAAGGAUGUCCUGGGGUUCCUACGUGUCGUCCGAUUCGUCCGUAUCCUCCGAAUCUUCAAGCUGACUCGCCACUUUGUGGGUCUCCGUGUCCUCGGCCAUACCCUUCGUGCCAGCACCAAUGAAUUCCUUCUGCUUAUCAUCUUCUUAGCCCUUGGUGUCCUCAUCUUCGCCACUAUGAUCUACUAUGCUGAACGUAUUGGUGCAGACCCUGAUGACCCAACUGCCAGUGCCCACACUAACUUCAAGAACAUUCCAAUUGGAUUUUGGUGGGCUGUUGUGACCAUGACCACAUUGGGCUAUGGAGAUAUGUACCCCGAAACGUGGUCGGGGAUGCUGGUGGGUGCCCUGUGUGCCUUGGCUGGUGUGCUGACCAUUGCCAUGCCUGUUCCUGUAAUCGUCAACAACUUCGGCAUGUAUUACUCUCUGGCCAUGGCCAAACAAAAGCUCCCUAAAAAGAAGAACAAACAUAUCCCACGAGCGCCACAACCAGGGUCCCCCAACUACUGCAAGCCAGACGCCUUGGCUAUGGCUACUGCAUCACCACAAAGGCUCCUGGGAAAUGUCCUUGGUGGAGUGAUGGGGUCAGGAGGCAUGGGAGGUGACUGUCCUCUGGCCCAAGAAGAAAUUAUAGAGAUUAACAGAGAUUCCAAGCAGAAUGGUGACGCAGCCUCAGCAGCCCUGGCUAAUGAGGACUGUCCCACCAUCGACCAGGUGCUGAGCCCAGACGAGAGGAGCCCGAUUGGUCGAGGGCCUACCCGGGAACGCUACCAGCAGGACCGCGCCUGCUUCCUGCUCAACACCAGGGAAUUCCGUGCCACAGAUGGGAAUGUGCGGAAAGUGUUAAGUUUCUAGCAUUCGCCUUCUCUCUAAUGAGGAGUCAGUAAGCGGUAAACACAAAUUUUCGGCAGGAGCCAUGUAAGCGACCAGUGUGACACGGAUGGACGGUUUAAAGGAGAUCUUUGGGGUGACAAGAGAGAGACCAGAGGUUAAUCAUGAAUUUAAAAAAAUCAUAUGGUCUGCUCCUCACGUUGUUACCAAAGCAGCCUCUUGGAACUCAUUUUGACAACUGUCUGACAGACCUUUUUUUCCCUUUUUUUUCGGCAAACUGACUGAGCAUUGCACUGACACACUUUUGGAGAGAAAAGGACUCCUGUUUUCACAUUCCAGAUGACAUAUCUCUGACAACAUUAUACUCGCCAUCUUGUACGAUGACCUACUCAGUAUCAUCCACAGUGCUGAACAACUGAGCAACUUCACCAGUUUCCGAAAAAGAAAAAAAAAACACUUGUCUUCACAGAGGACUGAAAGAACAAUGUAGCAUCUCUGCUAACAUAUUGUAGCAUUUGUUGGCUGGGAAAUAACUUGACUUAAUCCAUCAACAGUUCGAUGAGAGGGGAAUUUAUGCAUAAUGGAUCUUUUAGAUGUCAUUUUCUCUUGGGUUCCUUUCAAAGUGAAGAGGAAAGAAUCUAUGGGUACAUGAGAGACAAAGGGUUGGUCUUACUUCUUAUAACACUUGACAUUCCAAAAAAAGAUGCACUAAAUUCAGACAGUGCAAAUGAAACCAAUCCUAAUGGCACAGAACUUAACAAACAUCGUACAGUCCCGCGUUCAAGUUGAGCUCUUACAAUGCAUGUUUGCCACUGAACUUAUGUCUUCCAUUAGCUUCUAUGAGUCUGAAACACUGCCCUCUUCACAAAUAGAGAUAAUCAAACACAUCAAGCACUAACUAUAAAGUUGAACAAAUAAAGCACAUGUAGCAUCAGCUCUACAGGUUCUGUAUAGCAUUGAGCAUACAUUUAGACUCACCUGAAACAUUCACCAUUAGAAAAUGGUGGAAAAAGACCUGUCUUUAUCUCUUAUGUACUGGCUUGGGCUUGCCCUGAAAUCCUUGUGGGAUACCAAAGGUCUUGUAGCAUGAAGUUGCUAAAAGACCUUCUGUAAUGUAAAAUAGAUUAGGGGAACUAUUCCUUUUAGGGUGAGGUUUAUAUAUUCACCCUUAUGCUGGCCAUUGCCUUUAUUCAGUAGUCAUUCCUAUUAAAGAACGUACUCUACACUGCCACUAACAUUCCUUAAUGCACAUUUUGUGAAUCUUCCCCAUGUCUUAAUCACACAGUGCUCAGACAUAAGGAAUAAAAGGACUGACCAAGGAGACAAACUAAGCGCCUGACUAAUGUCAGCCUUUCUUCAGUAUCUAUGGAUAUUGGGCUGAUAAAAUUACAACAAACGAGACAUUCCAACCACAAAACAUUUUUUAUGUUGCACAAAACUGCCCAUCAGCUGGAAGUUCUGUUACUGUUUUGAAAGGGACCAAUCAGAUAAACCUACCCCCUUACACAAAGGCCGCCACUGCCAAACCGGCACAAGAAUUUCCAGACACCUACUGCCCCAUCCCUUGUCCCUGUUGCUGCCAACGACUGCUUGACAGGCAAGUCGAUGCUGGGAUUAAGAUGGCCCAUCAGGGGAUCCUUUUGGAAAAGAGAAAAAUGAGAAGAAAUGGACCACGAGAAGAGCAAGUGUGGAAAUGUAUAAAGAGAACAAAUCUAUAUUUUGAUAAACAAAUCAACUAUUCAUGGCUUCAGAGAAAGUUUCUGUGCAGAAUGGAAGGUCCAGAAAAGAAGAAAGAAAAGAAAAAAAAUCAGAUGCAAAUGUUAAUAGAAAAUUUGGCAUCAUGAAAUGGAGUCAAAGUCCUGGAAAAAAAGAUGGGAAGUAAAUAUUUUGUCAUGGAGGGUGGGCAAAGUUGUUUUCCCUACAAGCACCAGGAAAAUUGUUUUUGAAAGACAAUGAGCAAUGACGGACUCUUGCCUAUAAGGACAAAGGACGGACGCUGAGAUAAACAAAAGAAAAAAGAUAAUGCAUUUUUGUAACUUUGUUUACCAGCAUGACUACUUUGCAUGACUGUCUUUUCUGCAAGCCCUUAGUUGAAGACAAGGGUGCUAGAGAUACAAAAAAGUAUAUAUAAAAUGAACUAAAAAAAUGUUAUAUGCAAUUAAUGUUUUAAAAAAGAUUAUAAUGAAGAGAAGAGCUAUAUUUUGUUUUGAAAAGUUAAAAAAAAAUGUGAAUAUUGAAACAUGUAUGUUUGCAAAGUACACCCUGAACUAUGUUUUGUUUGAUGAAAUCUCUCUGCUACUACUGCCCUACAUCCCUCAUUCAAGUGUUUUCAGCAGCUGCCAUAAUUAUCUUUCAUUUAUCCAGACUAUAAUUUACAGCUAUUCAAUCGACAAUAAUCACUCAAGGCUUUGCCAAACUAUAAAAUCUGCGCAAAGAUAUUAACUGUAGUUAAUCACAAAGUAUAUGUUUUCUUCUUUGAAUCAUUUGCACAACUACCGUAGCAGCAGCAGCAACAAGCAGCAGCAGUUGUAACACAAUAGCUCUCCAUAUACCAACUUUGACUGCUUGAUUAGUACUCAUAGUUUGCUUUUUUUCUUUGGCAAUAAUACAAAAGUUGUCACAUGAUUGUAGCAGGGCAAACAGAGAACCUCGAGAGUAUCUUCAACGCCUCAGUGUAGAGAGAAUCUGAAAAGCCUUGGAUGGCAGGAUUUCGCUUGGAUAGGCAGUUCUGUUUCACUUGCCCUUGGUAGAAAAAAUGAGUACCAGUGCAGGUUGUCAGAUAAUGAUCAAUAACAGACUAUGAAAUAUACUAUAUUGGCAAACAAUCAAGAGAGAUUUCAGGUUUGCAUGGAACCAACUGCCAUUCCAAAGUUUAUGUGUGGUUUAAAGGACUCAGGUGUGUCAAUGGUGAGUGUGGAUGUAGGUGUAUACUAUUUCCUUUCUAACAUAAUAAAUUUUAGUAUAUAUUAGACAAAGAUAAUGUGAACACCUCACAGUGAUGUGUAAAAAACGCAUGCAUUAUGACUUGAUAAUCUCUCGAGGGGGGGGAGCAGAGUCUUGACAUAUCCCCUUAGUCUCCUAUCAUUGUUCGUCAUGAAUACAGUCUUGAUAACUAUGAACACUGUGCCGUGUCGUAGAGCAGAAACGUCUUCCUCCGAGAGGCAACUGAAAACUACUCACACUCACGGUGUCAGCAUGAGUGUGUAGAGGUAGCUCGUCUUCGUUUUUUUUUUUUUUUUGUGAUGGCCAGGUCUUUGCAUCUGUCAUUACCCAUAGAGUUAAUGCGUCAUCCAGCUGGCUUGUUGGCAGCUCAUUACCGCACAAGACACAGUCAUGUGAGCACCAAACAAAGACACCCAGAGCUUCCAAAAUGAUGUCAGUGAAGUACUUUAAGUGUUGCGUAAAAGAGAGGAUGAGAGAUACCAGUGUCCACCGAGGGGAGAUUGAUAUAAAAUAUGAAAAAUGUUGCUAAAAAAAGCAUCUUAAUGUUGAGUGCUCUCCAAGCGCCUCAGCCUUGGUGUGGUAUUCAAAGAGAGUUUCAGGCCCUGCUGGUCCAGGGUUUAGCUCAGGCAGCUGAAUGGUCCUCUGUCCAUUCCUAGUACAUCGCAAAUGGAGGUUCAGCAGAAUAAUAGCGACUCAGUGGUGUUAUAUAGACUAUUCAAGGUUUUACAGGUUAUAGAACUUCUACUUCGGGAAAUAGUCCAAGGGAUUUUGUUAUGGUCCCUUGUCUUUUAAGAACUCCCAAUUUCAGUUCCACAUGGAAGGCAUUAAGCAGCUAUGGCUUCAAUGUUUAUGAAUAUUUCAGAGGUUAAAUAGCAACAGUGUGCACACUUGCAAGAACUUUGUGCUUCGACCAACUGUUUUGUUGUUUCAUGGCCAAGUGCAGUUUUUUUCUUCUUUUGUUAUUUUUCACUGUUGAGUGUGCCACUUUCUUCAUUCUCUACAUUGUGACUGCUCUGCCAAAACCCAGGCUGAAAAAGAUGUCUUUCCUUUUUCUAUUGCAUAAUACUGCCAUUUGAUUUAGUCAUGUUGAACAGAAUGAGUUACAAUGUCGAGAGUGCUAAGUCUGUUUUAUUUUCUCAAGUUUGCAAUCUGUUAGCAAAUGUUAAAAGUUUCACAUACAUGAACCAAAAGAACAAAAUGCUUUAUUUACGGUAGGUGGGUGCCACUGUUUAACUGCUAUUUUGUGUUGUGACAAAAUAAGGACAUGUCCUCUCCUAGUGUUGGGAAGGUAUUAUGUGGACCAGGGGUGACUUCUUCAAAUACAUUUAAUUUCUGUAUGUGCCUGUUCCUGUUGAAUGUUUUUUUUUUUAUUAUUACAUUGAGGACACUGUAUGCAAUCUGCACCAUGAAUGCCACUGAUCGACACUUACUGUAUUCUCCCUGAGACACAGAUGUUCUGUCAUCAGUUCAGAUGAUUGCAACACACGUGUAGUCACUUUAUGGCUUUCCAUAAAGUGACUUGGCAAUCACACUAAGCUUAAAAUAUUUUAUUUUACAAAGUUAUAAGACCAGAGUUGAUUCAGAGGAAACAUUAUCAUAUUGAAUAGAUUUUUGUAAUAUAUUUAAGGUUAUUUUAAUUAAAAAUAAUGUGACAGACACCACAAAAGUCAUAUCAAUACACAGAGUUCUAAUGUAACAGGCUAACAACAUGCAUUCAUGUACGCAUUCCAAAGAUAAAAGAUGUAUGUUCAUUUUACAUGCCAUCAAACAGUAUAAAACAGACUUAGGUACCGGUCCAUUGUACUACGGUCUCAGAAGGAGAGUGAAUGGGGAGAGGAGGUGGUCACUGGAGUAUCUGCCGGAUUUUAUUUUUUGAAAUGUUGGAACACAAAGAACAACUCAUCAAGAACUGUAUAAAGUAUAUUUCAAUGGAAUGUUCAUGAUCUAUCUUUUUAUAUUUUGAAGAAAAAAUAGAAACAUAUCAAUAAAGUGUCAUAAUUGAACAUAUUUCUACUAUUGAGACUUAAAAUGUAUGAAUGUCAAUGCGACCUAAUGUGAACUAAUCUCCAUAGCAGCUUGAAUGAAUAACUGAUUAACAGUCAUGAGAUGCUUUUUCAGAGACGUUAAAACUGCUUCAAAUCAUUAAAAUGAACUUCAAAUAAAUGAAAAAGUGACAUCAA